UUGCUAGCGAAUAGGAUGCCCAUGCCCCCCUGCUCGGCCGCGGGGGGCCCCGUUCUGAGGACGGUAGAACAUGGGUUCCCCAACCAGCCGAGCUCCCUGGCCUACGACCCCAAGCUGAGAAUUAUGGCAGUCGGCACCAAAUCGGGAGCUGUGAAAGUAUACGGCGCUCCAGGAGUGGAGUUCACUGGCUUGCACAAGGAGACUGCCGCCGUCACGCAGAUGCACUUUUUGCCUGGACAGGGCCGGCUGCUGUCCUUGCUGGAUGACAACACCCUGCACCUGUGGGAGAUCGACCAGAAGGACGGCUAUUCGCACCUGGAGGAGACCCUCAGCUUCACCCUCCCUGGCCGAGCAGGGUUCGACAGUGCUAAGUACUCACCGCCGCCCGCCUCCUUUUGCAUGCGUGUCUGGGGAGUUAGGGCUGUGCUGGAGCAGGACAGGACCUGGGGUCUGCUGGGUGCCGAGUGCUUUGUGUGUGCCCCUGGUUUGCUGACCUGGCCCUGUCCGCUCAGAGCCCAGCUCCCUCGGGCCUGUGCUGGUUUGUGCAUCAUCCAGACCUCCCAACCUCCUGGAAACGUGGUGUCGACCCAAUAUGCUGGAUGCCUCGAAUUCCAGUUGAAGCUAAUGUCAGCUGAUGCGAAUCCUCAGCAUCCUUUUGUGAGCAACUUGUGCAGACGCUCCGAGCAAAGAGUUACUGAAGGGGGUGGCGUGUACUUCCUGGAGCUCGCCGGCUUCACGCUGCGGGAGGAUCAAACCCUGUAUCAAGAGGAGAUCCUGCAGAGCGUGCCAGACGACUACCGCUGCGGGAAGUCUCUGGGGCCCGUAGAGUCGCUGCAGGAACACCCGCAAGACUCCUCCAAGAUCCUGAUUGGCUACAGCAGGGGGCUGGUGAUCGUGUGGGACCAGAGCACCAGAACUGUCAGCCACCUCUUCCUGGGCAAUCAGCAGCUGGAGAGCCUUGGCUGGGAGCGGAGCGGCAGGACGGUGGUGAGUUCGCACAGCGAUGGGGGCUACAUGGUGUGGGCCAUCCACAGUAGCUGCCAGAAGACUCUGCAGCCGCUCAUGUCCACUAUCCCCUAUGGUCCGUUUCCCUGCAAAGCAAUCAACAAAGUCCUGUGGAGAACCUGUGAAUCUGGAAGCCACUUCAUCAUCUUCAGCGGGGGCAUGCCGCGCGCCAGCUACGGGGACCGGCACUGCGUCAGCAUCCUGCAGGGCCAGACCUUGGUCACCCUGGACUUCACGUCGCGUGUGAUCGACUUCUUCACAGUGCAUAACACGGAGCCAGAGGAAGAGUUUGAUAACCCCAGUGCCCUGGUGGUCCUGGUGGAAGAAGAGCUGGUGGUCCUCGACCUGCAGACGCCCGGCUGGCCUACGGUUCCUGCCCCCUACCUAGCGCCCCUCCAUUCCUCCGCCAUCACCUGCUCCUAUCACAUCUCCAACGUCCCCCUGAAGCUGUGGGAGAGGAUAAUCAGCGCCGGGGAGCAGCAGAGCCCACGGCAUUCUUGUGUGAGCUGGCCGAUCAACGGAGGGAAAAACUUAGCCCAGGAACCCAGCCAGCGGGGCCUUCUCCUGACGGGGCACGAGGACGGCACGGUCCGUUUCUGGGACGCCUCCGGGGUGUCCCUGCGGCCGCUCUACAAACUGGGCACUGCCAACAUCUUCCAGACUGACUGCGAGCACAACGACAGCCUCAACCAGGCCAGCGAGGAGGAGUGGCCUCCUUUCCGCAAGGUGGGCUGCUUUGAUCCGUACAGCGACGACCCCCGGCUGGGCAUCCAGAAGAUCGCGCUGUGUAAAUACACGUCCCGGAUGGUGGUGGCUGGGACUGCAGGGCAGGUCCUGGUCAUGGAGCUGAGUGACGAGCGGUCCGAUCACAUGAUCAGCGUGGCCACGGUGGACCUGCUGCAGGACCGCGAGGGCUUCACCUGGAAGGGCCACGACCGGCUCACCCCCAAGAACGGCUCCAUCGCCUUCGGCCCGGGCUUCCAGCCCAGCGUGCUGGUGCAGUGCAUGCCGCCGGCCGCCGUCACCGCCGUGACGCUGCACUCCGAGUGGAACCUGGUGGCCUUCGGCCCCAGCCACGGCUUUGGGCUCUUCGACUAUUACCGACGCAACCCGGUGCUGGCCAGGUGCACCCUCCACCCCAACGACUCGCUGGCCAUGGAGGGGCCCCUCUCCCGCGUGAAGUCUCUGAAGAAGUCUCUGCGCCAGUCCUUCCGCAGGAUCCGCAAGAGCCGAGUCUCCGGCAAGAAGAGGGUCGGAGCCAACAGCCCCUCCAGCAAGCUGCAGGAAGCGAAUGCCCAGCUGGCCGAGCAGGCGUGCCCCCCCGAUGUGGAGAUGGCCCCUGUGCAGAGGCGGAUUGAGCCCCGGUCGGCCGACGACUCGCUCUCGGGGGUGGUACGCUGCCUGUACUUCGCCGACACCUUCCUCCGAGACGGUAAGGCCUGGCUGCAGCUCUCGAAGGGGGCGGGGCCGGCCGGAGCCCUGGCACACCUGAUCCUUGCUGUUCUGACCCAACUGGCCUGUGUCCAGAGCCCCUGUGGCACUUGCAGCCAGACUGGCUCCCUUGCCCCAUGGCAGGGCGCUGUCUGGGGAGCAGGACCAGGCCGCGCUCUAGGCAGCUUGCUCUCCGCCUCCCCCCAGGUGUUCAUGCUGCCGAAAGUCAGCGCCAAGACCAAGUUCAAGCUGACGGCCCACGAGGGCUGCCGGGUGCGGAAGGUGGCGCUGGUGAGCUUCACCAGCCUGGCGUGCGAGGACUACACGGAGAACUGCCUGGCCUGCCUCACCAACCUGGGGGACAUCCACAUCUUCACGGUGCCCGGCCUGCGGCCGCAGGUGCACUACGACUGCAUCCGCAAGGAGGACAUCAGCGGCAUCGCCUCCUGCGUCUUCACCAAGCACGGCCAAGGCUUCUACCUGAUCUCGCCCUCCGAGUUCGAGCGAUUCUCCCUGAGCACCCGGAACAUCACCGAGCCGCUGUGCUCGCUGGAGCUCGGCCGGCUUCGCGGCACCACCUGUCUCAGCCCCAAUUUCACCGGCACGCCGAAACUGACCCAGGCCAACGGGACUCACGUGCUGCAGGGCUCGGAGGCGAACGGCUCCCCUGAGCCACGAGCAAGUUUGGCACCGGGGACGCCAGAGGAGCCCCAAGCUGCCUUCUCCCCGACGCCCAUCGACUCGCCGAGCAGCCUGGAGAGCCCCCUGGACACCACCGGGGACAUCACGGUGGAGGAAGUGAAAGAUUUCCUGGCGUGAGUUCAGGUGCCGGGG